AUGUCUGACUCUGUUGUUCGCGAUUUCAAGCUUGCCAAAGCGCCCGUUUAUUCCCAUUGUUUUUCUCAGGACCGAUCGAUUCUGGCAGUUACUUUGAACACGGAUUGUUUGGUCUAUAGGUUGGUGGCGCAUGGGAAGCCACAAUUGAUUGCUACUUUAGCCGAUCAUGAUAAAACUGUUACAUCUGUGGAUAUCUCAAUUCACGGACGCAUCGUUACUUGUUCUCAGGAUCGUAAUGCCAUCGUGUGGGAACCCUUGAGCGAUGGCUCUUAUAAGCCCACGCUUGUUUUGCUACGUAUCAAUAGGGCUGCGACCUGCGUGCAGUGGGCACCAAGUGGAUACAAGUUUGCCGUAGGAUCCUCUGCGAGAAUUAUCGCUAUUUGUUAUUACGAACAAGAAAACGAUUGGUGGGUCUCAAAACAUAUCAAGAAACCAAUUAAGUCAACCAUUAAUUGCCUGUCGUGGCACCCCAACGGAAUAAUGCUUGCCUGUGGAGGUACCGAUGGCUACGUUCGGGCAUUUUCGGGUUUCGUGAAGGGCCUAGAUUCCAAAGAGCAAGUGGCCAAUUCGCCUUGGGCGGACAAGUUCCCGUUUGGAGCCCUAAUCCGUGAGUGGUAUGAUGGUGCCUGGAUUCAUGGAAUUGCUUGGAGAGGCUCUCAAGAAAAGCUGGCUUUCGUGACUCACAGUGGUACUUUCAACGUUGUGGAUCCAUCGGACGAGAUUUCUAGUGCAGAAUAUCCAGAGGGUCUGCCAUUGACCUCUGUGGUAUGGGUGAACGACCACGAAGCCGCUUGUGGUGGAUAUUCGUGCCACCCAAUUUUGUUUUCAGAAGGUGCUCGUGGCUGGCAGUUCGCGAAAAACAUCGACAAAAGUGUUGAUACUCGUGCGCCUGUGGCUGCAAGCUUUAACGGCGAAGAGGAGCAAGAUGAAAAUCCGUCUUUUGGUAUUUCGGCAUUGCGAAAGUUCAAGGACUUGGAUCUCAAGGGCAAAGUUUCGACACAAGUCAAAGAGAGUACCCACGAAAAUGCCAUUACUGAACUAGCGCCCUUUGCUGAAAAUAGUGGAAAUGUCACCGAAAUAUCUUCGUCUGGUCUUGACGGGAAAAUUGUUGUCUAUAGAGUUUAG